CGUGAGACGGGCCUGGAAAGAGAGCGAGGGAGGAGGGAGGACGCUAUGCUCCUCCCCUUCGCUUGCUCUCCUUCCCUUCCUUCCAGCAGCUCCACAAACCAGGAAGCAGCUCCAACAGCAGCCCGCUGUGUGUGAGUGUGUGUGUGAGAGAGCGAAAGAAGGAGAGAGACGGAAAAACACACUGGGAAGCGAAAGCGGCGACGAGGAGGAGGAGGAGGAACAAGCAGCAGCAGCGGGAGAAGGUGAAGAGGAAAGGACACGCGCGCAGGGAAGGCUGCUCAGAAGAGCCGGCAGGGGAGGGGGAGCAUUAAAACUUUACACCCGCUGAAGCUGCUCUCCGUCUCCCGCCGCCCACUUCUUUCCGCGGCGGCGGCGGCGCUGCUCGUUGGCGCAGAUGGGAGUUUUACCUGGAAUGACACAAGUUUCAUUUUUUUGAAAAUUCUUCGGAGGGUGUCUCUCCCUCUAUUUUUUAAAAAAUAAAAUACAAUACAAUAAAAUAAUAAAACCUGCUGGAUCUGACGUUCGCUCGCUGGCUCCCUUCUCCCUCUCGUCUUCCAGCAACGGUCGGCGAUGUGACAGCCAGGGGCAAAGCUUUAGCCAGCUCUCCUUGCCGAGAGCUGUCACCCCAAGCAGGGUCAUCCGAGUGGGCUUCUCCGUUUCCAGUUGCGCGGCCCCGACCCCCGUCCAGAGAGAGGCUGAGGCUACUGCCGCUUUUUCGCCGCUGCUGGGGCUUGGGUGUGAGACCGUUGCAACCUCCUUCUCUGACACCCCCCCUUCCAGGAUUUAACCCCAAAUCUCCUAUGGAUCCACCUUCUUUCGUUGCCGUUCGUUCCUAAUUGGCCGUUGUCAGUCCUGGAUCGGACUUCAGAAGUGGAGGGUCUUACCUCCUCCGGUUAUGACACGUCGUGGGGGUGGUAGAAAAAUGAAGGGGGAAGUUGAAUGAAGCAAUGCAAAUCUGAUAAAUACAUGCCAUGAUUUGCUACAUGUGGCUUCAUUUAUGGAGACCAAAGGCUAUCGCAAUUAUCCAGAAAGCCUAGAUAUGGAGCGACGCUGGAGUCAAGGUUCCCAGUCUAUGGAGUAUACUUCUGCAGGAGCAGAAGAGCGGUCCGAAGAGAGUAAUAACUAUAUGGAGAUUGUCAAUGUGAGCUGUGUUUCUGGUGCUUUUCCAAAUAGCAGUGCUCAAGGAAGCAACAAAGAAAAACCUGAACUACUUUCUUGCCUUGAGCAAGACCAUAAUCAGCCUGGUAUUUCAACAUCUGACAUAAAAACUGAGUCAGACUCAAAGGAACUUUCUGCAACUGUAGCUGAAUCGAUGGGUUUGUACAUGGAUUCUGUAAGAGAUGCUGAUUUUACCUACGAUCAGCAGAGUCAACGAGGAAGCUUAAAUCCUGGAAAGAUGUAUCAAAAUGUAAAGUUAUACAAAGAGAAUGGACACCACACUUCUCCCUUGAACCCUCCAAGCAGGCCCCCGAGACCCCUAAUAUUGGACUGUGCAAGUUCUGUAAAUGGUGGUAUCGUACCAGCAAUUAUCAAAAGCCCUAGAGUAUGUAGAGAGAAGACUCCUCCUGACCGUAGUCCUCAAAACAUGACUUCUUCAGUGUGCAGUCCUCCUGGAAUUAAUUCUGUAUCUUCAACAACACCUACUAACUUUGAAAAUUUCACAGUAAAUAGUCCUGUCAACCAGGGAACACCUUUGUCAUGCUCACCUAACAUUGAAAACCGAGGCUCAGUGUUGCACAGUCCUGCACAUGCUAGCAACGUAGGAUCUCCUCUUUCUAGUCCUAUAAGUAGCAUGAAAUCACCAAUUUCAAGCCCUCCUAGUCAUUGUAGUGUGAAAUCUCCAGUUUCAAGUCCUAAUAAUAUCACCAUGAGAUCCUCAGUAUCCAGUCCUGCGAAUAUAAACUCAAGGUGCUCAAUUGCCAGCCCUUCCAAUGCCAAUAAUAGGUCCACGCUUUCUAGUCCAGCUGUUAGUACUGUGGGGUCCUCUAUGUGUAGUCCAGUGAAUGGUUCACUAGCCUUUUCUGCAUCUAGCACACCUGUUGGACCUGGCACAGGCCAAGACAUUGUUGCUAGUCCAGAUACAAAGGACAGUAAAGGUGCUCCAGAAAUCGUAUUUCCUAAAAUAGAGGAAAUGGAAAAUACCAUCCCUAACAAUGAAGUAGCUAAUCAAAUGACUCUUGUUCAGUUUAUAAAACCUGAACCAGAAGGGGUAUUCAGUAGCUCAUGUCUAGGAGAAAACACCAAAAUCAGUUCUGAUUCCCCAUUUUCAGUAUCAAUAAAGCAAGAAUCAGCUAAGCAUUCUUGUUCUGGUGCUUCUUUUAAAGGGAAUCAAACUAUAAAUCCAUUUCCGUUUAUGGAUGGGCCCUAUUUUUCAUUCAUGGAUGAUAAAGACUUCUAUUCUCUUUCUGGGAUUUUAGGACCACCUAAUUCAUCAUUUGAUGGCACAUGUGAAAGUAGUGGGUUUCUAAACCCAGGCCUAUCUAUAGGAAUUAAACAGGAGCCUGAGGAGAGCAGCUAUUAUCAAGAGAACACUCUGCCCUCCUCUGCCAUUGUUGGUGUGAAUUCAGGUGGACAGUCAUUUCAUUAUAGGAUUGGAGCUCAAGGUAAAAUAUCCUUAUCACGACCUAUUGGUAGAGAGCAGUCUUUUCAGCAUAUGAGCUCAUUUCCUCCAGUAAGUACUCUUGUGGAGUCAUGGAAAUCACAUUCUGAAUUGUCUGCCAGAAGAAACGAUGGGUAUCCAGUCCUAGAAUACAUUCCAGAAAAUGUGUCAAGUUCCUCGUUGAGAAGUGUAUCAACUGGAUCCUCCAGACCUUCCAAAGUCUGUUUGGUGUGUGGGGAUGAGGCAUCUGGAUGCCAUUAUGGAGUGGUUACCUGCGGCAGCUGUAAAGUCUUCUUCAAGAGAGCAGUGGAAGGUAAAUCCUCAUGGCAGCACAAUUAUUUAUGUGCAGGACGGAAUGACUGUAUCAUUGAUAAGAUUCGAAGAAAAAACUGCCCAGCUUGCCGAUUACAGAAAUGUCUUCAAGCUGGAAUGAAUUUGGGAGCUCGUAAGUCAAAGAAGUUGGGCAAAUUAAAAGGGAUCCAUGAUGAACCACAGCAGCAGCAGCAACAGCCACCCCCGCAAAGUCCAGAAGAAGGGACUACAUUUAUUGCUCCAGCAAAAGAACCUUCUGUAAACACAGCACUUGUUCCUCACUUAUCUGCAGUUUCACCAGCACUUACUCCCUCACCGACAAUGGUCCUAGAGAACAUUGAACCUGAAAUUGUAUAUGCAGGAUAUGAUGGCUCAAAGCCAGACACGGCAGAACACCUGCUCUCCACUUUAAACCGACUUGCUGGCAAGCAGAUGAUUCAGGUGGUAAAAUGGGCAAAAAUACUUCCAGGUUUUAGAAAUUUGCCUCUUGAGGACCAAAUUACUCUAAUCCAGUAUUCGUGGAUGUGUCUUUCAUCAUUUGCCUUGAGCUGGAGAUCAUACAGACAUACAAAUAGCCAGUUCCUCUAUUUUGCUCCUGAUUUAGUCUUUAAUGAAGAGAGGAUGCGCCAAUCUGCAAUGUUUGAAUUGUGCCAGGGGAUGCAUCAAAUCAGCCUUCAAUUUGUUCGCUUGCAACUUAGCUUUGAAGAAUAUACUAUAAUGAAAGUUUUGCUGCUGUUAAGCACAGUUCCCAAGGAUGGCCUCAAGAGCCAAGCUGCAUUUGAAGAAAUGAGGGCAAAUUACAUUAAAGAGCUGAGGAAGAUGGUAACUAAACAUCCAAACAGUUCUGGGCAAAGUUGGCAGCGAUUUUACCAACUGACAAAGCUCCUGGACUCCAUUCACGAUCUUGUCAGCGAUUUGUUAGAAUUCUGUUUCUACACCUUCCGAGAGUCUCAAGCUCUGAAAGUGGAGUUUCCAGCCAUGCUGGUAGAAAUCAUCAGUGACCAGUUGCCCAAAGUGGAAUCUGGGAAUGCCAAGCCCCUCUACUUCCACAGGAAGUGACAAAAAAUGUCUUAAUGGAAAAAAAACUUUGCCUUAAGUUUCCCUGUGCUAUUCCACACUCAUGAAGGACCCAAGAAGCCACAUUUACAAUAUGCUACAUGAAAUUGUUCAAUGGUCUCUAAAUAGUCUGAAAAAAACAUAGAAAGGGUUUGGAGGACGGAAAGCAGCUUAUCUGAACUAGGUGAGCAAAGUCAUCAAGAUGCAUCACCCCCAAUACCCCAACAUUUAGAAAAAAAAUGUUCCUGUUCCUCUGGAUGAAAAGCCAUAUCUAGUCAAAUAACUCUUUGAUUUUGAUAUUUUAAGAGAUGAACAUUUUAAAUAUGCCAUGUAGUUUCUGGUAUUGUUUGCUUGUUUUAAAAGGGUUCAAGGACUAAUAUGAACUUUUUAAAAGCUUACUGUUGGUUUGCACAUAAAACAAAGUCAAUAUGGGGCAUUAAUAAUUGUACUAUACACAUACACACACACAUAAAUCCCUGGAUGUGUAAAAUAAAUAAUGGAGCAUUUGGUGUGGAAUAAUCUUGGUAUAUUCACCUGCGGCAUUUGUUAUCCCAUAUUAUCCAUCAUAGAUUAUCUACACUGUGUUAAGUGUUCAUUUAUUAUUUAACUUGAAAGGGUAAGAUGUUAAAACAAAUGCCUCAGUUUCGAUUUCUAGUAUCUAUUGUGCUGGCUUUAACAAUAAUUUUUCGCAGUCUUUUGCUGUAUUGUACAUUGCUGUAUGUAUAAAUUGAAGGACCUGAAAAAAAUGGUAUAAGGAACUUUUGUAAAUGAUACCUAAAAAUCUUUAAUGGUUAAUAGGAUGAAUGGGAAAGUAUUUUUGGAAGAAUUCUAUUUUGCUGGAGACUAUUUAAUUACUCUUUUUGUCUAAACACAAGGUAAUUUUUUUCGUAAAGUGAAUUGUUCUGCAUGCAUAAUGAACCGUUUACAGUGUAUUUAAGAAAGGGAAAGCUGUGCCUUUUUAGCAUCAUAUCUAAUUUACCAGUGAGAUUUACAGUGUCUGGUGUAAAUAACUACCCAUCACCAUUUUAAGUUACAAUUCUCCUUUUUUGUCCAUUUACAUCCAUAUUCCGCAGUAUUUGUCUGCUUCUUUUACAUGACCGGAACACACUGAGUUCUGCUUCAUGCCUCUUUGUGUCUUUGCAGCUUUAUGCACAUUUCACAUCUACCAAGAUAAACUCCAAACAGCACAAUCCACCAAGAAGUUAUCCUGCUGAAGUGAAUGGAGCUGUUCAUUCAUUUCAAUGGACCUUCCUGAGGACAGUUUUCUGUUGGGUUGUGUCUAGAGUCUUCUCAAAGGCUUGUCAGUCCUGGGAUGAAGUGAGAUUCUGCCUGCCAAUCUGUUUUAGUCUGAGGUCACAAUCCAACAAACAGCUAGGCAAACUAGGCUGAAAAGCUUCAUUCAGAAAUGCAUAGGAUUGCACUCCUUGAUUUCAGUGGGGCAGGUUGGGUGCCUAAUUUUGUAACAAGAGAGGCUAAAGAGAGAAAGCUGAAUAAUAAUUGUUUUUUGUUUUCAAUUUGAAAUGUACAUAAACUACAAAAAUUGGGGCUAUAAAUUUGAGAAAAUAACAUUUCAACAUUCUAGAUAAAUUUUGAAUGAUUUAAUUAUGGGAGAGAUGCUAUUGACAAAUAUAGAUGUGGGGGUGAGUGUUAUACCUAGAUCAUAAACUUAUUUGGAACGAUGUGCUACUGACUUUGAGUACAAUUUAUUUCCUUGUAACUAACUGCUGCUCAGUUAGUAAAGUAAUAUUAAUAUUGUAACAUCUUUACAAAUCAGCUCUAAAACACAACUAACAAGUAUUGACAUGAAAUUUUAAAUCUGGAUUUCUCUCAAAACUAUCUUAUAGGCUGAGAUGAUGUAUCUUUCUAGGGAUAAUCAUCAUUAUACAUGUUAUAAAUUAUUCAAACAUUGGAGGAUGCAUUAUAGAAACUUUCCUAUGACCAUUGAUAUUAAAUACAGAUAUAAAGAGAAUGAUUGUCAGACUUAUAAUUCUGUAUACUUGUGCCUAGGUAAAGUUUGAGAAAAUUAAAGAAAUCUUAACCAAGUCCGGGAUCCAAGCCAAAGUUUGGAUGUGCCCAGUGGGAACUCCCCCCAAUUAAUUAACAGAUCCCUCUGAUAUGUCACAAACUGCUUUUGAAAAUGCCCAGUUUCAAAAGUAGUUUUCUUUGUGGCAUGGAGAGAAGAAGUACAAGCCCAAAGUCUCCCUUACACUUAGGAAGUAGUCUUUGGAUCCUACUAAUAAGUUCUCAAUAAUCAAGUGUGCAUCAGAUUCAGAAAUUUGUAUGCAUGUUUGCAUCUAACAAGCAAAAUGCAACCAUUACUACUACUCUUUUAAAACCACACAUCUUAUUGAAUAGAAACUCUGCAUAAGAAUACACUUAAGAGUCAAUUACACAUGAAUAUAUUAUUUGCAGUUUUGGAAAUCUAAUUCAUAAAUCAGCUUCUUUGAUCCGCACAGAAAUAUUAAAGCUGCUCUUCUAAAGUGAUAAAAAUUCACAGCAUGCAGACUGGUUGUUUAUAGUAAAGUGGUCACAAAUCUCCCUUUCAUUUACUUAAAAAAAAAACAUACUGAAAUUGGAAUUUCAAAUUAUCCAGGUUUGAUGUAAACGCAGUAUGCUGCUUCUUUUUUUAAUUAACGAAGUUACUGAAUAUUUUUUUAUCUGAGUAACUUUGCCUGAUUAAAAUAUUAAAGCCAUAUUCUUUUUUUUAAAAAUCCAUUGUUAGAUGUCUGUCCCAAUUCACAUUGUUGUCUGAUUGCUCUUAUUUUUGUACCUUAUUGCAUUUAAUCUUGGUUUGGUACAAUUCAUAAUUCACAGAAAAGUCAUAAGUAAAACACUACAUUCGUUUAAAAAAAUUUAUAUCUUUAUGCAAAAUAUAUGUCUGUCUUUGCAAACCAUUGUAAGCAGAUUAUAAUAAAUCCUUUACUUCAAUCACCUGGUUAUGAAACCAUUGAUUAUUGCUUAGAAAUCAUUGACGUGAAAUUUAAAUGAAAAAGGUAUCAGGAGUACAUUGUAGUUUAGAAUGAAACAGGCUUCUGUCUCCUGCAAAGUAAGAUAAACUUAACUUCAAAAUGUCAAAAUGAUAAAUUGUGUUGAUUGAGUGUAAUGAUUUUGUGGCAAUGACUGACUGAAGAUAUACAGCAAGAAUAUUGUAUUCAUAAGUAAAAAUGUAAAAUAGUUUUAAUUUACUGCAGUGGGUAUUUAAAAAUAACAUUGCAUUGCAGUGUGUAACCAUUUUGUUGCACAGAACAAAAGAAAAAAAGGACUAAAAGCUUGCAAUAUCAAAAUCUUAAUAAAAUAUAGUUUAUAAUCAAUAAUGCAAAAAUCUAAUUCACAGGGUGGUAUUUUCACUGACUUUUAAAAACCUUUAUGAAUUUAACCCAUUCUACAUUUAAUGCACUUUUGAUUGUCUAUUAAAGAUGUGACUUUUUUAUGAGAGAGAUAGAAGGGGCUGCAAUUUCAUCUGGCAGGUGAAUAACCUGAUAGGCAGCAGUUACAAUGCUAGGAUUCUAAGAGUUGUUUCAGAGUUCAUAGAGUUGCUGAGCACAUUCCUCUCGGAACUUUGCACUUAUGCAGGAGAAGUUCUUUGUGGAUUGUGUCCCACUUAUAUAUUACUAGAUGAAAAAUAAAGAGCAGGCAGCACUAUGAUGUAAAACAUUUAUGCAUAAAAAUGCAUUAACAAUUAGGGGCUUGCUUCUGUAUGUUUAAACUUUUUGAAUAAAUAGAAAAUUACUGUUUGGCCUUUA